UCUCGUCCUGACAAGAGACGCAGCAUUUCCUCUCUGUCAGAUUUUUUUUUUCUUAAAAAAAACUAACACAUUACUUUGUUUUUGCUGUGGUUUCUUCAUGUAGUCUAAAUGCAGAAGUACUUAUCCAGAGUUCUGGGUUUCGUUGCCUUCCGCCUCUGCGUUCACUGCUAGGCGAUGGAUGAAGAGCAGACCCAGGUGAGCGACGAAGAGCCUAAAAUCCUGCGAGAAGAGAGCCGGAGGAGGAGGAGGAAGAAGGCCAUCUCAUCAGCCUCGAGCACAUCCAUGGACCAGAUCACUGUUGAGUUCAUGCUGCCCACGGUGGCGCAUGGUGGCAACAGCCCCACUCUGCUGCUGGAGGUUGCUGGAAACUGGACCGUGGAACAGGUGAAAGCUCAGGUGUGGCUGAAGGCAGUGACUUUGAAUGUCUCUCCGGACUUUUUCCAGCGCUAUUCCCCUGACCACUGCAUCCUGCUCUACCAAAAGAAAGGCACCGUGUGCGAGAUCUACGACAAGCACCAGGUCUUUCAGACGCUUGACUGCAUUCGCUACUGGAGAGCGCUGAAAAAGGAUGUGGGGCGGAUCCAGCUGGUGCCCCGCCCCAUGCCCUCAGACGAGUCCGUGCAGUACCAGCGCUACCUAAACUACCUGAUGGGGUACGACGUGACAGACGUGAGUAACGUGCACGACGAUGAGCUGGAGUUCACCCGCAGGAAGCUGCUGACGCCUCGCCGCAUCGAACUGUCCAACCGUGACCCGAGACUCUACUCCAUGGACCCGUGGGUUACCUGCAAGCCACUGCCUGAACACCUGCUCAGCAAAGUCAGUCACAGUCACAUCCUGGUGGUGAUUCACAUCACGACAGCUAGUCAGACCAUCAAGGUCUCCAUUGACGACACACCAGCACAGGUACUAGUCAGCUUUUUUGCCAAGAUGGCAAAUAAAAGGGUUUUGCUGGGCAUCCCUGAAGACAUGUGUGAGGCUGACUAUGUCCUCCGUGUGUGUGGCAGGGAGGAGUACCUGUACGGGGAUAAACCUCUGCAGAACUUCAACUGGGUCCGUCAGUGUCUGAAGAAUGGUGAAGAGAUCCACUUGGUUCUCGAGAAGCCGCCUGAUCCUAAACUGGAUUCGGUCCAGAAGGAGGACUGGGCACAGGUGGAUGACUGUACCGGAGUUGCAGGAACCCAUGAGCAGCUGACCAUCGAUGAGAAAGACCAUGAGCGAGUGUUCACCAUCUCCAUGUGGGACUGCAACAGGAAGUUCAGGGUGAAGGUGCUUGGUAUCGACAUCCCAACGCUGCCCAAAAUCCCGGAGUUUGUUGUCUUCAUAGAGGCCAGCAUCUUCCAUGGUCAGCAGCUUCUCGCUCAGGAGAGGACGACCUCCAAAACCUUCAACGAGGAAGUGCUGUGGAACAGCUGGCUGGAGUUUAACAUUAAAAUCAAGGACCUGCCUAAAGGUGCACGCCUCAACCUCCAGGUAGUCUGUGGAAAACAACCUCAGACACCAAACACCAAAGGAAGCUCCUACCAGGACAGUACAGGAGGAGGCAGCCAUGAUGCAAAGACCAAGAGUCGUCUCCUGUACUAUGUCAACCUGCUGCUGAUCGACCACCGCUCUCUUCUCCGCCAGGGCGAGUUCAUCCUCCACAUGUGGAAAAUGCCCGAGAAGAGUGAGGAGAGCAGCAGCAGCAUCAACGCGGACAAGCUCACCUCAGCGACCAACCCGGACAAGGCCUCCUCCAUGGCCAUCGCCAUUUUACUGGACAAGUACUGUUAUCCUGUGGUGCUGCCCAAGAGCCGAGACGUGCUGGCAGGGGCCGAGGAAGCAGAGCGGGGUCACCGGGAGAUGCCGAACCAUCUGAAGAAGCAGUUUGGGGCUAUCGUGGCGACAGACCCCCUGCAUCCACUCAGUCCUGAGGACAAAGAGCUGCUCUGGCACUUCAGGCAUGAGUGUCUGCGCAACCCCAGAGCGUACCCGAAGCUGCUGGGCUCAGUCAAAUGGGGCAAACAAGAAGAUGUUUUGGCAACACACCGUCUGCUGGAGCGCAGCAGCGCUUGGGACAGCAGUGGUCUGGAUGUAGGCCUGGCCAUGCAGCUGCUGGACUGUCACUACUCUGACGCUCAGGUUCGUUCACUUGCGGUCAGGAAGCUGGAGACUCUUGAAGAUGACGAUGUGCUCAGGUAUCUUCUGCAGCUCGUACAGGCGGUCAAGUUUGAGCCCUACCAUGACAGUUCCCUGGUGAGGUUCCUGCUGAAGAGAGCGUUGAGGAGUAAGCGUAUAGGUCAUUUUCUCUUCUGGUUCCUGCGCAGUGAGAUCGCUCAGUCCAUGCACUACCAGCAGAGGUACGCGGUCCUGCUGGAGGCCUACCUCAGAGGCUGCGGGGAGGCCAUGCUGCAGGACUACAGGAAACAGGUGGAGAUGACGGAGGCUCUGCAGAAAGUCACCCGUGAGAUGAAGGCGAUGUCUGCGGACAAAUACGACAUCACUGCACAAGUGGUGUUUCAGUUACGUCAGAAGCUGGAGACCAUGUUGUCCUCUGGCCUGCCAGAGAGUUUCAGGGUCCCUUAUGACCCUGGAUUGAGGGCUGGAGCACUUUUGAUUGAACAGUGUAAAGUGAUGGCGUCGAAGAAGAAGCCACUGUGGCUGCAGUUUAAGAGGGCCGACCCCACCACUCUGUCCAAAGACCCCAUCGGCAUUAUCUUCAAAGAUGGGGAUGACCUCAGACAGGACAUGCUCAUCCUGCAGAUUCUGCUGAUCAUGGAGUCAAUCUGGGAGACUGAGUCGCUGGAUCUGUGCCUGUUACCGUACGGCUGCAUUUCCACUGGAAACAGAAUAGGAAUGAUCGAGAUUGUAAAGGACGCCACCACCAUUGCUAACAUCCAGCAGAGUGUCGUCGGGAGCACGGGAGCGUUUAAAGAUGAAAUCCUCUAUCAGUGGCUGCGGGAGAAGUGUGUCAGCGAGGACAAGUUCCAGCAGGCUGUGGAGAGGUUUCUGUAUUCCUGUGGUGGAUACUGUGUGGCCACAUACGUCCUGGGAAUCGGGGAUCGCCACAAUGACAACAUCAUGAUCACCGAGUCUGGGAAUCUCUUCCACAUUGACUUUGGUCACAUCCUGGGGAAUUAUAAGAGCUUCAUGGGAAUCAGUAAGGAGUGGGUUCCCUUCGUGCUCACACCGGACUUCCUGUACGUCAUGGGAACAUCAGGAAAGAAAUGCAGCCCCCACUUCCAGAAAUUCCAGGACGUGUGCGUGAAGGCUUAUCUCGCACUUCGGCAUCACACUAACCUGCUCAUCAUCCUCUUCUCCAUGAUGCUCAUGACUGGAAUGCCCCAGCUCACGAGUAAAGAGGACAUCGAGUACAUCCGCGAGGCGCUGACGGUCGGCCGCAACGAAGAGGAGGCCCAGCGCCACCUGCUGGACCAGAUAGAGAUAUGCAGGGAGAAAGGUUGGAUGGUUCAAAUCAACUGGUUUGUUCACCUGGUGCUGGGGAUCAAACAGGGUGUAGACAAACGGUCCACUUAGCACAAGUGAGGGAGGAUAGAAGAUGACAUGUUAUUAUCUGUGAUAUUUACUGGACAAACGAAGAAAAUUGUGAGGAUUUUAACUUGCACAUAAUAUGAAGACCUGAUGCCAAGUUGCACAAGUGGUGAAUUCACAAGAAACCUGCAGUGCAGAUCAGUUUGCCUCCCCCUCCUGGUAGUAAUUACACACGUCCUCAUAAAAUAAUGUAAUAGCAAUGGAGUUUUCAUUAUAGUGCUUUGACCAAGUCCUACAUCGGCAUCAAUAUUUCAUUUUCUUUUGCUCGCUCUUGAAAGUUACUCAUCAUGUUUCCAAAGUCUAUAAAGUAUAUAAUUUAAAUAACAGAUUGUAUGAUUCAGAGUGAGUUUGACUAGAAACUCAGCAUGUCAUUUUUGAGCUCUCGGAUAGACUAAGCAUUUUUCUCAGACUUUUCUCUAAUUCAAAAUCAUUUUCUACUGAUGCAGCACAUUUUUCUUCAGCCUUUUGAAAGAUGGUACAUGUGAUUCUGUUUGUUCCAUUUUACGGGAGAGAAAAACUGUUACCGUUUAUAAACAUUAAAGCAUCAAAUUCUACUGUUCGCAGAUUGAAGGUGACGUAAUACUGAUGUUGUUAGUGUUGUUGCUUUUUGAAUUACACUGGCGGUUGACGGAGGCUUCGUACGUGUAUUUAAAAACGGGUGCUAGUCAAAUUUUGACGUGUUAAAUUUAAAAAAAAUAAAUAAAUAAUGCUUAUAUGCAACUGCUGUAGCGGGCAGUUAAAAUGCCACAGUGACAAACUGCGCAUGCUGGUCAAUGCCGAGGUCACUUCUUAUAGGUUAAUGGAAGAAAUCUCUCAAACUGGGAUUUUAUUUCUUACCCAAAUUAAACACACUUAUUCACAAACAAGGUCUUAAUUCACCUCAUGUCACGUGUGAAACCAGAGACUGUGGAUGUAAAGACAAUCUGAUUUGUUUGUAUUUGUAGGUAAAACUUUUUCCAGUUUUUAUUUUUUUCAGGAAUGACCUUUAAAUGAUGCCUUUGGUGCAUUUAUAUAUUUCCAAUCUCUAGGGAAAUAUGUCAUUGUUACAUAAUUAUGUUAGUUUUUCUGCAAAAUCGUGUCAGAAAAUGAAAGCUAUUUGCAAUAAAUCCUUAUCGUAUGU